AUGGAUUCAAAUGCAUCAAAUUACCAUCUAAAUCAUGCAACUCUCCCCCAAGUUUAUUACCAGGGGAAGGAGGCUGACAAUAUCAUUGACUUGGGCCUUAGCCUAAGAGUUUUGCAGCCAGAGUCUUAUCAUCCAUCUCCUCAUGGUAAUAAUGACUUUGAUGUCCUGAUAGACUGGCACCAGCUGCAUCCCCGGAUGAAAAAUUCAAAGACUGAUUAUCCACAAAAUAUGGUGGGAAAUCAUGAUGAUGAAACUGAGGGAGUUCAAAGCAAGGAGCGUUGGUCAUAUGUGAAAGUUAACAUGGAUGGAGUAAUAGUUGGCAGGAAAAUCUGCAUCCUUGACCAUAUGGGCUACUCUGAUCUUGCACUUCAACUAGAAGAAAUGUUCGGGAAACAGUCUGUGUAUGGUCUGCGACUGUUCCAAUCCAACUCGGAAUAUUCCCUGCUAUAUAGGGACAGAGAUGAGCAUUGGAGGACUGUUGACGAUGUUCCUUGGAAUAAUUUUGUAGAAAGUGUCAAGAGGCUGAGAAUUGUGCGGAAGGAUGAAGCAUUUAGUCCCUCUUCAUCAGCAUUGCUUAAUUCUCUCUAACACUGAGUCUUAACAAAUAGUGUGGACUAAGACAAGUUUAGGAUCCACCUGCUACAACCUCAGCUAAACUAUUCUGGUUCUCCCUCAAUGAUUAUCAACUUAGCAAGCUUGAUCUUCUGAGUUGUUGCUUGCAUUGU